AUGAAAUUUUUUGCCAAGCAGAGUACCAGUCUUCGAGGAGCAGCCGGCAGUAAAACGCAACCAGAGCGCUGUGAUAGCCAUGCAAUCGCAUUGGAGCAGAACGCUUACUAUCGAGCGAAGAUCGAAGCCAUGCAGAGCCAGCUAGCGUCGAACCCGAUGGUGCCGAAUCAAUUGCCGCCAAACCAAGGGGCGGCAACCCAAUCUGCGACGGACCAAGUGCAGGGUACGCGGGAGCAGAAGCCGGUGGUGGACAUAUCGAACCCGUUUAAUGACAGUGUGCGACGACACAUGUUCGAGGCAUUGUGGACGGCGGUUAAGGAGAAUCACUUGGAGCGAUUUUACGACGCGGUGGGGGUGCGAUCGUUGGUUGAGAAGCAUGCUCCCUUUUAUCCGGCUGUCCAAAGCCUUUGCCGGCAGUGGCGUGUCGAGCACCUGACAUCGGACUUCUUCAAGGUUGUGCUCUAUGACGUGGUCUUCCUCUGCUCCGACGGCGCCACCAUGGACACAGAGGAACGCAUGGACGAGGCCAAGGCAAGUGUGCAGUACCUGACCGAGAUCUUGCUGCACAUGUACGGCGGCAGUACCGACGGCGGAGUCAAGAUCCGGUUUGUUAACUCCUCCUACGAACAUGACAACCUCCAAACCAGCAAAGACGUCGAAAACCUUUUCGCGCAAAUCACCAAAAAAAAAGGUGAGAAUACCGUACCCAAUGCUCUCAAAGACAAAAUCGUCAACCAACUGGUCAAAGGACCUAUGAAACGACAGAGCCUGUCGAAGCCUGUGUUGGCAAUUGUAUUAGUGGACGAGACGUGCGCCUCUGACGAGCUGCUGGCCAUAAUGAAGGACGUUUCGGCGGAGACAAUUGCCUACUCGUUCGGCCAAGUGGGGACCCACAGAGCAGUGGUCGAGCUUUUCAGAGCGGUGGUAAAACACAGCAAGUUCCACGUCGACUGCACGGAGAACUACGACUUGGUGUCCAAGUCAUUCGAGAAGUGCGGCGCAGGCGACAUGGCACCCGAACUAUGGAUCUCGAAACUUGCCCUCGGGCCAAUCGACGCCUCCUACAAAGGACUUGCCGAAGAUGACUGA